GUCCUUGAUGGUGGAACACUUGGUGGUGAAAGUGCCUUCUCUUCUAAUCCUCGGUCUUCCAUUCUCUCUCUGUUGAUCAGAGUCCGUGUGGAUGCCUUGCCCCAAUCAGAUGCCAAGUGUUUUGUACAGCACUGUGUAUGAAACUAGAAAUCUGAAAUAGACCUGGCUAUUGAUUGCCUUGGAGCAGGGAUGGGUAACUCCCUCAGACUUUUACCUGGGACUACUGCCACUGACUGCUCAGAGUGCACACAUCUGGUUUCCUGGGUUAGGAUCAGGGCUCAGUGCACACAUCUGGUUUCCCAGGUUAGGGUUAGGGCUCAGUGCACACAUCUGGUUUCCCAGGUUAGGGUCAGGGCUCAGUGCACACAUCUGGUUUCCCAGGUUAGGGUCAGGGCUCAGUGCACAUAUCUGGUUUCCCAGGUUAGGGUCAGGGCUCAGAGUGCACACAUCUGGUUUCCCAGGUUAGGGUCAGGGCUCAGAGUGCACACAUCUGGUUUCCCAGGUUAGGGUCAGGGCUCAGUGCACACAUCUGGUUUCCCAGGUUAGGGUCAGGGCUCAGUGCACACAUCUGGUUUCCCAGGUUAGGGUCAGGGCUCAGUGCACUCAUUUGGUUUCCCAGGUCUCAAUCAGUUGCUGACUUAAAGGAAUGAAAGAAAGCCAGCAGACACUCUUGAGGACUGAAGUUGCCCACCCCUGCAUUACUGUGUGUAUGAUGGCGGUGUUGGAUUUGUGCAUGGUGGAAAUGGAUUUCCGUUCAUAUUUUAUAGAUGGUAGAUCUUAUGGGGGUUGUGUACCAGAUAUAAGAAGCAUGGUCUUUUCACUACAUUUUGACAUUGGGUAUGCGUAUGCAUCACAUUGGGUAUGCAGUAUGCAUCACAUUGGAUAUGCAGUAUGCAUCACAUUGGAUAUGCAGUAUGCAUCACAUUGGGUAUGCAGUAUGCAUCACAUUGGGUAUGCAGUAUGCAUCACAUUGGGUAUGCAGUAUGCAUCACAUUGGGUAUGCAGUAUGCAGUCUCUCAUGAGUAAUAGUAGCCUAAUUCCACAAUUUACUUAAUCAGACUUUACCUGCCACACUUUUGUGAAUGAGCUUCUUUCCCAGGAAACAAGUUGUACUGUAAUGCUAACAUAUACACCAGAUAUUCUAGGUAGACUUUAAACACUACUUUGACAAACUGAUUAGUACUAUGCAGCGAGUUAGACAUACAACUUCACGAUGCCUCAUCAACAUUUUGAUUCAAGACAAAUCACUGAAUGAGUGAUGACCUUUACACUUGUCAUGUAUUAAUCAGACGUUGGUGCAUUUUAUUGCUCACUUUUAGGAGUGGUUAGAUUGCCGUUCAUGUUGGGAUUGGUGUAAAUCAACCUUUUAUAGCUGACAACAAUGUUGAUGUUAACCUGUUCUUAUGUUUGUCUUUUGGUUAGGUGAGAAGUGUCUCCUUGGAGAGCGAUGACAAUAAUAGUCUGGACUAUAUACUGAACAUAGCUUUCAGCCAGAGUCCUGCUCAGUUCGACUGUCCUUCAGGUCAACGGGUCUUUGAAAACUAGGAUAGUUUAUUUGUUUUGGCAAGAGAGAGUGCUGUAUAAAAAAAGAGAGUAAAAAAUAUGUUUGUUUUCAAAUUGCACACGGUGGCUCUGCAUGCAGUAUAAGACUACGUAUGCCCUCCACUGACAUGACCACAGCCAGGUUAAGACUAGCUAAAGAUUGGUUAUAUCACAUUGUCUGGUGUACAAAGGGUGUUGGUGUCCAUUACUGAGUGUUAUAGAAAAGAACCACACAAACCGCCGCCAUAGAUUUUUCAACUAACCUGUUCUUGGGGAUUACUUCCUUCAUUCUCGAUUUCUUAGUCUGUUUCCAGUUGCAGUUGGUUCUACAAAAACCAUAAAUUCAGAAAAUAUCAAUGUUUAAGUGAGAUAUGCCUCGUGGUGUGCUUAGACCUUUGUUUGUCACCUACUUAUACGUGUGGCCGUAGAAGUAGAAUCUACUAGUUCCUGCAAUAAUGCUGGGAAUGCUAGAUCUGCGGCAGCUAAGAUGUCCAGAUACCUCCUCAUGCCGUACAAUACUUGGAUGUAAUAUUUUUGAGUUUUUGCUGUUUUUUGUAGAACCACCUGUAACUGGAAACGGACAUUUUUCAGAUACUUUCGUUAUUCUCGAUUCUGUGAAAAAAGUAUUGCCAAUAACAGGUUAGUUGAAAAAUCUAUGGCAGCGGUUUGUAUGGGGCCUUCCUCUAACGCCCAGUAAUGGACACCAACAUUCUUUGGUUAUAUCACAUUCUCUGGCAUACAAUCUGUAGCUAGGUCUAGACAGUCUGUUCUCAGUGACAGUAUUUCCCCUGGCCUUUUCUGUGGACUUGGGCUCCUGAGUGGCUUAGCGGUCUAAGGCACUGCAUCUCAGUGCCAGAGGCGUCACUACAGACCCUGGUUCGAUUCCAGGCUGUAUCACAACCGGCCGUGAUUGGGAGUCCCAUAGGGCGGCGCACAAUUGGCACAGCGUCGUCCGGGGCAGGGUUUGGCCGGGGUAGGCAGUCACUGUAAAUAAGAAUUUUUUCUUAACUGACUUGCCUAGUUAAUUAAAAUAAAAUAAAUUAUAUUGGAGGUAGACAAAAGCUGUGCUUGAUUUCUGUCUCAGACCGCUAUGACGGUGCAACGUAAAACGACACAUUUCCUCAGCUUUUGAGAAAGCCUGUGAGUGGGUACAAAUUUGAGGCUUGAGUAGGGAUGUCGCUGUGCCAAUGUUAAAAUCUGCUACUGUAAAUGCACUACAAAGACAUGAAUAGGGAGCUCAUGUUUCAGGAGUUUUUAUUAUAAUUUGACUUGAACAGGUUCAUUAAUUUACAAUAACUGUCUAUGAUAGGUCAGAAACACUCCGCAUAGUGGACAUCUCAUUUUAAGACAAGGACGGCAUCAUUGGUGGCUCUUAAUGGUCUGUUUGAAAGUGGCUUUUAUGAAACCUGUUUGUGUUUUGUUAUUUGUUCAUCAUAACCUGAGCAGAUUUAAUUGAAUAAGCUAGUGUGAAUACUUUUGGUGAUAUUCUUUACAUUUAUAUUUCAUGCUUAUUUAGAGAUGUAAUUUCUCUAAAUAACCAAAUAGAUUGAAAAGACUGUGAAAAGGCUGUUUACACAGGCAGCCCAAUUAUUUAUUUCACUAAUUGAUCUUUUGACCAAUCAGAUCAGCGCUGUGAAAAUAUCUGAUGUGAUUGGUCAAAAAAAACUAUUAAUGGCAAAAAUAUCAACAAUAGGCUGCCUGUGUGGAAGCAGUGAACUUUUUUAGAUUUUGUUAUCGAGAAUGAAACUCGUAGUAUUUGUUGUAUGUUGACUUUCAAUAGUUGAAGACUGCUUGGUUUUUAGCUUUUGUAUUUGUGAAACUGUGCUGAAAAGUCUGUUAGAUACUGCUAUUUGAUACACAUAGUAUGUGUAUAAUACUUGGCUGGAGUUCAGUCAUUUGAAAUGUAGAAAUCCCCCCCCAAAACAUUGCUAAUGAACAGCAAAAUGCACUUUUAAAUUGACAAAAUUCUGUACAAUUAUUGCAUUACCUAAUGAAAAUAUUGGCUGCACUCCAUAGUAUGUAUUUGUCAGACUGGUAGUUUUGUAUGGUACUAAUGAUAAACUUUAAUAAAAUUGUUAAUUUUUAAGCUGUCAAAAUGCAUGACAUUUUUCCCCAAAUUAUUUUGACAAAAGCAAUCCCUUGCUCAGAAGCCAAUUGAGUGUAAAUGUUGGGAGAAUUGUGACAUCUACUGUCACAACAUGGUCAUACAAUCUAUGGUUUUCCUCACUGUAGCCUUGGCAAUUUUCUAUGUAGUUAAGACACGUGAUGGACUGUUAUGUACUGCUAUUUCUCUAAUGUUGUGACUAUAUACAUUAUUAAUGAUCUAUCAAUGUUAAUUCAGUCAAUCAAGAAUGAUUCUACUCUGGCCUAAGUUUGAAGUUUGUUCUUAUUCCUGUUUUGCCUACCAAAUUGUCCCUGUAUAAGAAGUGUCUGAAACGAUGAUAUGGCUGUUGUGGGAUGUCCAAUGAGAGAGUUUGGUCACAAGAAUCCAUCUCAUCAACACAGCUAAGGAUGAUUGUUGUAGUCAUUGGUGGAAGGAGCUCCAACCCACUCACUCUUCAAAUUGGUCACAGUGUUGUCUGAGGGAAAUGUUAAGGAAGGCUCUGACUUCAGUACCUGUAAGCAACAUGAAGUUUGCAUCAGUGUUAGUCCUUCUUUUUUUCUGCUCUACUUUCAAGAAAUCCCAUGGAAAGUCAAAACCCAAACCGGGCUGUGAAUACCCCCCGUCUCAGUGGUGUAGGAGUUUGGAAAUUGCAAUAGAAUGUGGGGUUCAGAAGCAGUGUCUGGAGCUCAAUGCCACCAGGCCCAAUUCAGCAGUACCCAGAGUUGAGGUGACCCUGUACUAUGAGAGCCUGUGUCCAGGCUGCAGGGUCUUCCUCACCCAGCAGCUCUUCCCUACCUGGGCCAUGCUCCAUGAUAUCAUGGAGGUAAAACUGGUGCCCUACGGCAAUGCACAGGAGCUUCCCUCAGGGAAUUCUCCCUUCACCUGUGAACAUGGGGAACCAGAGUGUCAUAGCAACAUGAUUGAGGCAUGUAUUCUACAUUCAGUGGGUCUGUACUCUGCCUUCCCUGUCAUUGACUGCAUGGAAUCUGCAGCAAAUGUUCUCGCCGCCGCCCAACCUUGCUUACAGCUGCACGUUCCCUCCAUGACGUGGGACAGUGUCACAACCUGUGUUAAGGGAGAGCUCGGCUUCAAACUUAUGCAUGAGAACGCCCUGAAGACCAAUGCUCUCAGUCCAGCCAAAACCCACGUCCCCUGGGUGACAAUUAAUAAGGAAUACACAGGUGACUUUCAGGACAAAGCAAUGUCAUCACUUUUUAACUUGGUCUGCAAGAUGUAUAAGGGAGGAAAGCCCCCUGCCUGCACCGGAGCACAGAAGAAACUAGACAGGAGUCUGUGCUGAAACCAACAGUCAUUCUGCAUGCCAUUCAUGUUUUCAAAAUAUAUAAGUACAAGUUUCUCUGAUUCUUUUGAAAGACAAUGCAAGUCCAACAUAAAUCAUAAGUCGCUAAUUUCUUUACUCUUGUUGCUGAAAUGUAUUGUAAUACUUGUUUUAUUCUGUGUGAUACUGUGUCAAAUAACUCCAUAUGUAUUGACCAUUUAACCCAAUGCUAACAAGUUACGGUUCCAUUUUGUAUGAACAGAUUUCUCUUUCCAGCCUAAGAGUGCAUAUAACUGUGGGGUCUGAAAUUAAACAUCCUUGAUAAAGAUGAGCAGUAAUGAGUAAAAUAUAUUUAAAUAAUGAGCAAUACUGUAUGCUCAAAGAAAUUGGGAAAUUAUUUUAUACUAAUACAAUUGCUCAGAAAGAGAUUUUGUUUAACAAGUAAUACUUUUCCCUCAAAGGUAUGGGUCAAAAUUGACACCCCAAAAGAUUAUUGUAAAUAAAGUAGUCAGUUUAUUUGGUCCCAUAUUCCUAGCACACAA